UGGAAUUCUGGGUGCGAGUGUAUAUAAAGACGACAGCGGAUCCUGUUCUUCAAUCCUACAGUACAGUUUGAACUGGAACAUUGAUCUGUAUAUACACCUCUGUUUAAGAGAAUUGUCCAAGGCAGCUCGUCGUCUGAACUUCACAUUCCCUCCUUACAAUACCCCCCUCAAUUCCGUUCAUUUGACCAAGAAUACAAUGAAAUUCACACUCCCGUUCAUUACUGCGCUGGUGGGCGUUGCUGCUGCUGUUGAGCACGAGCACCAUCAGCACGGAAAGAGAGAUGCCACGACGGUUGUUGUGACACAUGUCGUAACAGUGGGUGCAGAUGCUGUUCCAUUAUCAGAUGCGUCCGCUUUUGUUCAACAAUCAUCGAGUACUUACGUGCCAUCAAGUUCUUUUGUGACGUUGACCACAUUGACACCAUCUUACGUCUCCUCAGCCGAUGCCGUCUCAAGCGAUGCCGUCUCAAGCGAUGCUGUUGUCUCUUCUUCAAGCUCUGUUGAUGCCGCUUCUCUUUCUAGCUCAACCUCAACUUCAUCAGCUGCCUCUGCCUCUGCAUCUUCUACAGACUCAGCCUCUGACGCAAGAGCUAAGGGUAUCACUUAUUCUCCUUAUACAGACUCCGGGACUUGUAAGUCUGCAUCAGAUGUUGCCUCUGAUAUCGCACUCUUGACCGAGUUCGACAUCAUCAGACUCUACGACACCGACUGUGACUGUAUCAAAAACGUCCUGGAUGCAAAGACAUCAUCUCAAAAGCUCUUCUUGGGUAUUUACUACUUGGACAAGAUUGAUGCUUCUGUUCAGAUAAUUUCUGAGUCCAUCUCUGAUUGGAGCGAUGUCUAUACCGUCUCCGUUGGUAAUGAAUUGGUUAAUAAUGGCGAAGCAACAACAGACCAAAUCAAAACCGCUGUGGACUCUGCUAGAUCUGCCCUCACUAACAUCGGCUACACAGGAACCGUUGUCUCUGUCGAUACCCUCGUUGCUGUGCAGAACAACCCAGUUCUUUGUGAAUACUCCGACUUCAUCGCUGUAAACUCCCAUCCAUUUUGGGACGGUAAUGUGUCACCAGAAAACUCUGGUACUUGGCUUCAGACCCAAAUCUCAAACAUCAAGAGCAUCUGUGGUGGUGUAAAGGAUGUGCUCAUCACUGAAACUGGCUGGCCAACUCAAGGAUCUGCCUACCAAUCUUGUGUUCCAUCAAAGGCCAACCAAGAGUUGGCUUUGCAAAGCAUUGCAGACACUGUUGCUGACCAAGUACUACUCUUCACUACAUUCAACGACUUGUGGAAAGACCCAGGUUCUUAUGGCGUUGAACAAUACUGGGGUAUCUUUGACUAGAAUUGCAACCUUUAUUGCACUUUUCAUGUAUCUUACGCAAGCUGUUUUAUAAAGUACGAA